AUUAAAUUAGUAUUGAGUAUUUGAGUAUCCGAAUCGAAAUCGAACAACCACCUCCACAGCCAUACCGAAACCCUAACCCUAAUUCCCUUUCGAUUUCUUAUCAGAAGAAUCCAGAAAAUCUCAUCAUCAUCAUCAUCAAAAUCCAAAACCCUAAUUCUUCAAUUUUCAACAUGCUUCUCUCUCCAGGUAACUCUCCUCGCCACCUCUCUUCUCCAUCGCCUUCGACACCAAUUUCCGAUAAUGCCCUCCAAACCCCUAAGAACUCCAAUCAAAUCACUCCCAGAAACCCUAGGAACCACUCCAAGGUCCUCGACGAGGACUCCUAUGUCGCUGCAAUUGAGAAGAUCAUCGAGCGUGACUUCUUCCCUGACAUCUCGAAGCUCCGGGACCGGCUCGAUUGGCUAGAGGCGAUCAGGACGGGUGACCCGGUUCAAAUCCGAGACGCCCAGUUGAAGAUCAUGGAGCGCCGUGCUGCAAAGGUAAAUAAUUCCAAUACUGAUCGGAAAACUCAAACACCCGGUUCCACAUUUGUUAGAAAUUUUACACCUCUCGAUGAAUUUGGUGCUAAAACCCCAAUAAACACCAUGAAUUUUAGUGUUUCGGAUAGAGAAUUAUUGGGUGUCAGUAGCGAUAAUAAUAGUGAGGUCGACGUGUCUUUGUCGUUGGAUGAGUUCUUUAGGCGGUAUACAAGUGAGGAUAAUUAUAGUUUUACGAAGAUUAUAGAGAAAGUGAAUAGGAAGAGGAAAGAGAGACAUGGGUAUCUGUUAGAAGGUGAAAAUGAAGAUGUUAAAGCAAUUGAGGAUGUCAAGAGGGAGAGAAUUACUGAUGGCUAUGGUACUUCGGAUCAACCCGUGAGUACUUUGGAAGGCUGGAAGUAUAGGGCAAAGAAUUUGUUGAUGUAUCAUCCGGCCGAUAGGGGGGAAGCCCCGUUGACAGAGGAGGAACGGGCAGUUAGGUUAAAGGCAUUAACCAAGGAAAUCAGUCGUCCUAAUACUAGGUUUCAUGGGAAAAUGUUGGAUUCUAGGCCGAAAGAUGAUGGGACUGUUGAGGUGCUUUAUACACCAGUGGCAGGGGGAACCCCAGUUCCAGUGUUUGAUAGAGAUGGGGAUAAGUUGAAGAAGUAUGAUUUGGAGGAUUUGAGGAAGACCCCGAAUCUGUUUUAUGUUGAGUCAGGGAAGAAAGCAGAAAAUGGGUAUAGUUUUGUUAGAACUCCAUCGCCUGCACCGGGGGUUGAUGAGUCACCGUUUAUUACAUGGGGUGAAAUUGAAGGUACACCAUUAAGGUUGGAGCCUGAGGACACACCACUUGAUAUUGGGGGAAGUGGUGAGGGUCCUCAUUAUAAGAUUCCAAGAGUGCCUGUAAGGGACGAGAAGGCUCACUCACUGUCUAGGGAUGCUGCACGCAAGCUUAGGGAGAGGUCGAAGAUGUUUCAGAAGCCUCCGCUGCCAUCCCCUGUUAGAGGGGGUAGUGCUAGCCCAAGUGUGCGUACACUUUCUCCUGCUGCCCAGAAGUUUGUAAGGAAUGCAAUUGCAAAGUCUUCCUCUACUGUUGAUGAGACUCUCCGUGCCAGCUACCGAGGUGCAAGCCCUGGUUUGGCUACUCCUAAAAGCGUAAGGAGCGUUUCAAGGUUUGGUGCAGAUGGGAGUGUGGUCUCUAGGUCACCUUCUGUAAGAGAAGGUUCUAAUCCUCCUUGGUAAUGAUCUGAAAUUUUCUUUGUCAUGGAUAAUGUUUUACUACUUUGACACAAUGAAAUGGCUGAUGCUGUGUACCAGCUUGAAUGUAUUUGACAUGUUCAUAAGGUUGCUGAAUAUAACGAAUGGAACCAAUAUUCAUUGGCAUCAUUUUGCUA